ACCUCCGCAGGGGGUGGCCUCGCGUCUCCCAUGUCUGCAUGCUCGGAAGCAGGGGUCGGCCGGCGAGAAGCAUCGCAAUUCCGGUCUGGCUUCCCCACUGCCUGUGACUGACCGACUGCGGGCAGGUCGCUGGUUCCCUGGCACGUCACCAUCUGCCUCUGAACACCGAGACUACUAACCGUGGCGACUGCAUCGGAGGAUGCACGCCUGUCAGUGGUGGAACACAGAUCCCCGCACGGCUCUACCAAGACCAUGUCUGUUCCGUCAUCACGGAGCCAGUCGGCCAUUAAUGCCAACAGCCACGGAGGUCCAUCACUCAGCCUGCCCCUGCCCCUGCACGCUGCCCACAACCAGCUGCUCAACGCCAAGCUGCAGGCCACAGCUGUGGGACCCAAGGACCUGCGCAGCGCCAUGGGGGAGGGUGGUGGGCCUGAGGCAGGCCCUGCCAAUGCCAAGUGGCUAAAAGAGGGCCAGAACCAGCUCCGGCGGGCUGCCACAGCCCACCGUGACCAGAACCGCAAUGUGACCUUGACCCUGGCAGAGGAGGCCAGCCAGGAGGCUGAAACAGCACCUUUGGGCCCCAAAGGCUUAAUGCAUCUAUACUCUGAGCUGGAGCUCUCGGCCCACAACGCGGCUAACCGAGGGCUUCGUGGACCUGGUUUGAUCAUCAGCACCCAAGAGCAGGGACCAGAUGAGGAAGAGGAGAAGGCAGCAGGCGAGGCCGAGGAGGAUGAUGAAGAUGAAGAAGAGGAGGAGGAGGAGGACUUGACUUCUCCCCAAGGGCUACCUGAGCCUCUGGAGAGUGUGGAUGUCCCCUCUGCUCCCCAGGCUCUCACAGAUGGUCCCCGGGAACACAGCAAGAGUGCCAGCCUCCUGUUUGGCAUGCGGAACAGCGCAGCCAGUGACGAGGACUCAAGCUGGGCCACCUUAUCCCAGGGCAGCCCGUCCUAUGGCUCCCCGGAGGACACAGGUAGUGGACAUCAUACCCAGACCCCAGACUGGAUCCUUUCCACUUCAGAUUCCUUCUGGAACCCCAACGCCUUCGAGACGGAUUCCGACCUGCCGGCUGGAUGGAUGAGGGUCCAGGACACCUCAGGGACCUAUUAUUGGCACAUCCCGACAGGAACCACCCAGUGGGAGCCCCCAGGCCGGGCGUCGCCCUCCCAGGGGAGCAGCCCCCAAGAGGAGUCGCAGCUCACCUGGACUGGCUUUGCCCAUGGAGCAGGCUUUGAGGAAGGAGAGUUUUGGAAGGAUGAACCCAGCGAGGAGGCUCCAAUGGAGCUGGGACUGAAGGACUCUGAGGAGGGGACAUUGCCCUUCCCAGCUCAGAGUCUCAGCCCAGAGCCAUUGUCCCAAGAGGAGGAGAAGCUGCCCCCAGGGAACAGCAACCCAGGGAUCAAGUGCUUCGCUGUGCGCUCCCUAGGCUGGGUGGAAAUGACCGAGGAGGAGCUGGCCCCAGGACGCAGCAGUGUGGCAGUCAACAAUUGCAUCCGUCAGCUGUCCUACCACAAAAACAAUCUGCACGACCCCAUGGCCGGGGGCUGGGGGGAGGGCAAGGACCUUCUGCUGCAGCUGGAGGACGAGACGCUGAAGCUGGUGGAGCCCCAGAGCGAGGCGCUGCUGCACUCCCAACCCAUCGUCAGCAUUCGCGUGUGGGGCGUCGGGCGGGACAGUGGAAGAGAGAGGGACUUUGCCUACGUAGCCCGGGAUAAGCUGACCCAGAUGCUCAAGUGCCACGUGUUCCGCUGUGAGGCACCUGCCAAGAACAUCGCCACCAGCCUGCAUGAGAUCUGCUCGAAGAUCAUGGCUGAACGGCGCAGUGCUCGCUGCUUGGUAAAUGGACUGUCCCUGGACCACUCUAAGCUUGUGGACGUCCCUUUCCAAGUGGAAUUCCCCGCACCCAAGAAUGAGUUGGUGCAAAAGUUUCAAGUUUAUUACCUGGGGAAUGUACCUGUCGCUAAACCUGUUGGCGUGGACGUUAUUAAUGGGGCCCUGGAGUCAGUCCUGUCCUCCAGCAGCCGAGAGCAGUGGACUCCAAGCCAUGUCAGCGUGGCCCCUGCGACCCUCACCAUCUUGCACCAGCAGACAGAGGCAGUGCUAGGGGAGUGCCGGGUGCGCUUCCUCUCCUUUCUGGCCGUGGGCCGAGAUGUCCACACUUUCGCGUUCAUCAUGGCUGCCGGCCCAGCCUCCUUCUGCUGCCACAUGUUCUGGUGUGAGCCCAAUGCUGCUAGCCUCUCAGAGGCAGUGCAGGCUGCCUGCAUGCUCCGCUACCAGAAGUGUCUAGACGCCCGCUCCCAGACCUCCACCUCCUGCCUCCCAGCACCUCCUGCCGAGUCCGUCGCCAGGCGUGUAGGGUGGACUGUCCGCAGGGGCGUCCAGUCGCUGUGGGGCUCCCUUAAACCCAAACGUCUUGGGGCCCAGACCCCAUGAAGAACCCCCUCCCUCCUCCCUCCACCUGCUUACAGUUGGGCACCAGGGAACUCAAGGGUUUGGGGCAGGGAGGGACUCUGGAUGCCAUUCCUAGGACUCAGGUCCCCUGGGCUGCCUCUCCUCAGUAGCUGGGGUUCCCUGAAAGUGAUAACACAAGAAGAAGAGGAAGCAAGGCCAGCUCCAGGCUUUCCAUCCUGUGGGUGUGAGGUGGAGCUGGAGGAACUGGUCCCAACCAGGCCCUGUCCUCACAAGGCCCAGCAGGGGCAGGAGGAGGGGACUGGUCCAGGCAUGGGUCCCCUCUCCCUUGCUCUGUGGGCUCCUCUGCUGUACUGAUACCACUAAUAAAGUCUGUCUGCGCUGC